AGCUUACUAAUGUUUUUAAAUAAUAAAAAAGCUUACUACGUUUAUAAUAAAACGUUUUUUUUUUUUUGAAACACAAUUAUAAUACGUUUCUAAAUAAUAAAAAAGCUUACUAAUGUUUUUUUUUCGUAGGGAUGAACCACCUCCUCUUAUAGUUAGACGUCGUUUUCGCCGGGGUACUUCUUCAGUCACUCAGAGUACGUCACCCGCUAGUAGCCCAGUUGCAGCUACCACUCCUCCAGCAGCCCCCACCCCUCCAGCAGCCCGCACCCCCCCUUCUGUAGCUUCCGGCCCUUCUCAAAGUUCAAGAGGAGGAGGAUUGCCUACUACGAUGACUGUUGCGGAGUUAGUUAGGCAACCUGGCCGAGAAUCGCUUCAGCGCCUUGAUCCAAAUUAUCUUAUUGUCCCAAACACCACUUGGUUUGAUUUGUCUGGCAAUGGUAUCACCAACAGCCUUCUUAGGAUGGAGUACACGAUGCUAAAGCGUGGUUAUCCAACUUUCUAUGACAUGCCUGCAGAAGAUCAAGAACUUUGGUUUCGGCAAUUUGCGCAAGAGUUCACUUGGGAAUCAGGGAUUACCGAACAAGUGAAAAUUGUUUUCCGCCGCAAAGCAGCUUCGCACUACACCAAGCGGAUCAAUGAGUGGAAGCAAAAAUUCGAUGUUGGUGAGGUCCCGAAGCACAUCAACCCAGACGUUUGGCGGGAUUUGUGUGGUCAUUGGACGAAAGAUGAGACAAAGUCUUUGUCGACAAUCAACUCGCAAAAUCGGUGUAGCAGCCGUGGCGGGAAAGGGAUGUUUGUCCACAACUUAGGGGCAACAAGUUUACAGACCCGAGCACUUCAGCUAAUGAAGGAAAACGGUGGAGUUCCCGUAGAUGAUUUUACCCUGAUGAAGAAUGCCUAUACCAACAAGAAGACUGGCGUGAUUCAGGAUGGACUUAUUCAGGACGUAAUCCAGGUCGUGGAAAAUCGAAAAGAGGAUCUCCUCGCGACUCAAGCUUCUAUGUGUGAAGAAGGCGAUUCUGCAUCUUCCAACUCCUUAACCGUAGAGCAACUCAACAACCUUGUUCUCGAGGCUGUUCCAAGGAAAAAGGGCCGUUAUGUUGGAUUGGCUCGUUCGACCGGAGGGGCUUCUUCUUCUUCUUCAGCUCACUAUCCACUGGUUCAUGAGCUUAUGGAGCAGAUUAAGACCAAAGAUACGGAGAUUGAGUUCCUCAAGAAUGACAAUGCUGAAAUCCGGGUUGAGCUGCAGCAAAACCGAACGACUAUGGAGCAAAACAAUGUUCUCACCCAGACCUUGUUGCAGAAGUUUAGGAGCCGAUUCGGUGAAGACUUUUAGUUGUUUUUUUAAUUU